AUGGCUAAGUCCCUACUUGGGGGGGAGGACCAGAGUCAGACCGAUCAGUGGCGUAGCCAGCCCAAACCUGGUGCAAACCUUUUCCCCCCAAGGCAUGGUGAUACAUUCUUUGCAGAUCAAAAUUAUGUUUAUAAUUUUGUUGAACAAUAUAGCAAGACUGCAAAAGAACCACCUACUGUGAGUGUAAACUAGCAUAAAGAAAUAUAAAAUAAUUUUUAAAUAGUUUGUAAAAUGUAAUUACCACAUCUGUGCAAUGUAUAUGUAAUACUGUUAACUAAGUGUUUGCUAUACAUUUUUGGGUAAGCCUAAAUUGUGGGAGAAAAGUUUGCUCAACUUUUAAUGUAAGGGGCCAUUCACAAAGGAUGUCCGAGCCGAGGGGGGGGAGGGGGGUUUGGAAAUUCAGGACAAACUCGGACAUGGGGGAGGGGUGGUUUUAGAAAUCCGGAUGUCCGAAAUUUAAAAAAUUCAAAACCAAAUUUCUUUUUCCCUCUAUUUUGAGCAGUCCUUCCCAUUGUGAAAUUGGCAUUUUGACUAUGCGGUUAACACUAGAUUUUGUUUUAAUUAGUAAUUUAUAUGUGUUUGUGUUCACAUUUACAGUUAUAAAAAAGUUCUAAAAGUAAAAAAAGUUUUUUACUCUUGAUAUAUACAAGGGUGUGAGUUUUUGCGAGGCAUGGCGGAUGUCCGGGGGGAGGGGUCACUAAUUCGGACAAUGCCGGACAAGGGGGGGGAGAGGUGGGUCUGAAAAUCCAUCAUUUGGCCGGACAUCCUUUGUGAAUGGCCCCUAACUUGUUAUUGAGUUUGUCAAGUGAACACAUCCUGGCCUUAAGUGAGAAUUUCUGUCCUAAGUAUUUAUGUUGUCAUACAAGUACAUGACAUUGUACUCUAUGCAGUACUGCUACAUUUUCCUUUAGCAAUGAUAUGUGUAGUGAAAAUCCCGUUGCUGUUAUCAGAAACUGCAUUUUUAAUUAGUUGUUUCCUUAUUGUUCGUCAUACUCAUAUAGUUAUCUGGAUGAGGACCAUAGUCGUACCAGUGGCAAAGCCAGCCAUGUCAACUGGUCAUGCUAUGCAAAUUUUAAAUGAUUUACAUUAUUCAAACCUUGAGAAAUAUAUUGUCUUAAAACUAUUUAGAGCAAAAUGUAUUAAUUAGCAUUGCAUGAUCAUUUACUAUGGCUGACUUACAUAUGAGUUGAUACUAUUUUAUAUAUAAUACGAAGCCAUGUGCUUUUGCUUGUGUUUUAUCCAGGAUUGUAGUGAGUUUAAAUCUGGUGAGGUAAAUAAUAUGUUGAGGUCAAAGGGAAGAAAUAAUCUUUUUGAUGAAAAAGGAAUGUUUGGCAGAGUAUGCAGACAUGAAUAUCCCAAAGGAUUCAUCAGCAUUAAACAUGGAGAAAGGUUAGAUGUUAUUUAUGUGUAAUGUAUAUUUAUAUUGUAUUUGUACAUCAGUUUAUUAUAUAGGAGGCAGUGAGAUAGUGGGAAAUACACAGUGAGAUAUUGUGAUAUCGUUAUAUGAUUCCGCCAAUUAAAUUUGUGCAUGUAUGUUCAUGUUACAAUGAUUAUUUUACAGUAAUUUCACUUUUUCUAUUUGAUAGGAUUGCAUUUUCUGUAUAUGAGAUUGAACGUCUUUUGACUCAUUGUGAUGAGCACUGAUGUCAAAGUUACAUACGACACAGGUUGUACAUUGUCAUCUCACUUGAAGAUAGGAUAAAAAUGUCCAGUGUAUGUUAUUGUUUACUUUAGAGUUGAAAAAAUGAGCUACACAAAGCAAUUACUGUAAUAUGUUUUUCAGAAAAAUGACAGACAAGAUAUGCUUGCCAGGAUUGAUUUAGCUAUCCCUGUGUUCCACUGUUAUGGCCAUAAAUCAUCUUGCCAG